UAGAGAAGUCUCAGCAAAAAAUGAAUGUUUUAUGAACCGUGUUCUGGAGGCGAGUGAUUUUCGCAGACGACACGCGAUUUUUCGCUUCUGUUCCUCUUUUGCCCGUUAAAAACACGAGGAUUAAUGCCAAGUGAAGCCAAGAAUCCUGUUGAACACGAGCUCAACAUGAUUGAACCUGUGGAGGUCAACAAGAAAAAGAAAUGGCUCAUUCAGUCAUCAGUGUCAGCUAAGAACACUUUUAACCCAAUCAGAGCAAUUGUUGACACAAUGAAAAUCAAACCCAACCCAGACAAGCCCAUGAUUGCUCUUUCUAUUGGUGACCCUACAGUCUUCGGCAACCUUCAACCACCAAAGGAAGCAGUUGAAGCUAUUACAGAGAGUGCUCAAUCAGGAAAGAACAAUGGCUAUGCCCCAUCUUCAGGGUAUCUCAAAUCAAAAGAGGCUAUUGCUAAAUACUGCUCACGGCCAAAUGCUGAGGUUGAGGCCAAGGAUGUGGUGAUAACCAGUGGGUGUUCACAUGCCCUUGAAAUGGCUAUAAGUGUAUUAUUAAACCCUGGGGACAAUCUUCUUAUACCGUUACCUGGAUUUAGUAUAUACCAGACUGCCUCUAUAUCUAAAGGCUAUGAAGUGCGGCACUACAAUCUGCUGCCAGAAAAGUCAUGGGAAGUUGACUUAGAGCACAUGGAGUCAAUGAUUGACUCACGGACAAGAGCUAUACUGGUGAACAGUCCGUCUAACCCAUGUGGGUCUGUGUACAACAAAGAACACCUAGAAGCUAUAAUUGCAGUUGCGGAGAAGCACAUUUUGCCUAUCAUCUCUGACGAAGUGUAUGCUGACGUGGUUUUCUCUGGACAAACAUUCUACCCGAUGGCGAGCCUUUCAAAAAAUGUCCCCAUCUUGACGUGCGGCGCUGUAUCAAAAAGGUUCCUUGCGCCAGGCUGGAGGGUCGGGUGGGUUCUUAUACACGAUCGUAACGGAGCAUUCGAGGAUGAGGUACGGCCAGGGCUAACUGCGCUGUCUACCAUCCUUCUUGGCGCCAACACCGUGAUCCAGGCAGCGCUACCUGACAUCCUGGCCAAGACCCCAGACAGCUUCUACGAGAACGCCAUCAACGUCAUGCAGACUAAUGCCAAACUGGUGUACGAAGAGUUGUGCAGAAUUCCGGGACUGACUCCCAUCAUGCCUUGCGGUGCCAUGUACAUGAUGGUUGGAAUUGACAUAAGUCAAUUUCCAGACAUUAAAGAUGAUGUGGACUUCACUGAGAAACUUGUGGCGGAGCAAUCAGUGUUCUGUCUUCCUGCAAAGUGUUUCCACUAUCCCAACUAUUUCCGUAUCGUUUUGACUACACCUGAGCCGAUGACGAAGGAGGCGUGUAUUCGGAUUGCCGACUUCUGUGCGACACAUCGCGACUCCGCGGAGAAUGGCUUGUCGAACGGUCACUCGCAGAAAAGGUCGACCUCCGUUUAAUCAAAACCAACCAUCGGGUACUCGGUAUACAAGCAUGGAGGGUUCCGAUUUGUCGGGGGUGAAAACAUUAGGAUAAAUAUUCAGGGGUUUACCAAAAGGGAGUUAAGUUUUUAUAACGAAGUUGAGUAAUAUUUUAAUCCUGGGUAUUUAUUUACUUUUUUAAGUUAAGAUAUUUUGGAUGCAUCGUACUCCCCCACCCUACCCCCCUUCAAGUAUUCUCUCCCCCACACCCCCCCCCCCGAAUCAUGAGACUCCUUUCUAUUUGAACGUCAGUUUUAGCCAUACGAAUUUAAUGUGGGGCCAGGGAUUACACGACCGAGUGUGCGCACAUUAGGUCUAAUUUAUUUAAGGCUUAGAGACGGACCUUUUGAUAUUUGACGGGGGGAGCAUUUUUUUUUUUUUUUUUUUUUGCUCGAAUUUUUUUGUCAGGGCAGUUUUGCUGUUUGAUUUUUUCCCGAAGUAUAUUAUUUUUGUCUGCCAGUCUUUGCUUUCCCGCCUUUUUAAGGGCCUGCGCCUUGCUCGAAUUUUUUUUUCGUUGAAUCAGCUCCUCCCCCCCCCCUCCCUCCCCGUAAUAUACCAAAUGGUUGGUCCCUAAGGGUGUGGUCAUAGGUAAGGUGCACUAGAACUAGUGCUCUUACUUAUAUAAAGCGAAAUUUUGUUUUACAUCGUGAGAAGGGGGAAGUUUCAAAUGCAAUUUUCCUGACAUAAGCAUGUAUCGCUAUGCUAUAAGCAAUGGCGGUUUUCUUAACGUGUUUGAAUUAAACGCAUGAAAUGCGGUGUUUUAAAAAUGGUUAAAAUAAAAUAUUUACGCAUGAGCGUACUUUGUUUUAAAA